CAUUUAGUUAUUAUCGUAGGUGGCCCACAUGUUUUGUCUCUGCGUCCACUUGCACUAUAAUUUCUUUGCAUGUACAUAGUCCUUGAAGACUAAUCUAUUUCAGUCUUCGCUGGUAUCCAGGUUGAGACUCUCUCAGGUUGAAGAUCUCAAACCAUCAUAAGUUGUGAUUAGUAGAAGCACAACAUAGGUUUGUUUGAGAGGAGGAUCCAUAGCAGAUAGAAAUGAUUAGUAGAAGCACAACAUAGGUUUGUUUGAAAGGAGGAUUAAUGGGAGAUAGAAAGAUUGAGGCCAUGGAAACAGAGCUACCAACAGGCAAUGGAAAGGCCUCAGAAGGUGGUGUAGAAUUAGAUUCAAUACAGAGAAGUGAACUGCAGGUACAGGUGCAGGGAUCUGCAAUGCCACAGAAAGAUUGGAACAUGAGGCAGGCUUGGAAUGCUCUUGUAUGGCAUGGAGGUUCUGUUUUUGAUGCCUGGCUCAAUGCUGUUUCUGCUCAGGUUGGGUCAGUGAUUUUGACUCUGCCAUACACUCUGUCUCAAAUGGGUUAUGGUUUGGGCAUCGGAUUCCAGAUUCUUUAUGGUGCCUUUGGAUGUUGGACUGUUUAUCUACUUAGUUUACUGUAUGCAGAGGCUUCUGCUCGAACUAGGGCAACUGGAUUACUUCACCAAAAACACAUACUUCAGUACCAUGAAGUAAUAGGUAUAGUAGCUGGGAAGUGGCUUGGACGCAUCGUAUUUGGGUUCAAUAUGACAGCCCUUACUUUUGCCUGUGUCCUGCAAUUGAUAGCAUGCUCCAGUGAUGUGUAUUACAUGAACUCUGCCUGGAACAAGCGAGAAUGGCUUUAUUUAUUUGGGUUUUUGGCAAUCCCCACUGUUAUGUUACCAUCUCUUCAUAAUUUCCGUCUGGUGUCAAUUCUGGGAAUUGCCACAACCACACUGACAUCAGCUUACAUGACAGUUGCUUCUGUUCAACAUGGCCAGAUUGAGAAUGUAAAACAUCAAGGUCCAAAGAGCAUGGUGCAAUUUUUCUCAGGAGCUACCAAUAUUCUAUUCUCUUUUGGCAGCCAUGGAUUGUGCAUAGAGCUGAUGGAGGCCAUGUGGAAGCCUAGGAAUUACAAAUAUGCUUAUGUGACUGCAGUGUUGUAUACCUAUUUGCUGACAGUUCCUGAUUCAGUUUCUGUUUACUGGGCCUAUGGAGACACACUCUUGCACAACGCCAAUGCAUUUGGAGUCUUACCCCACUCCAAGAUGAAAAAUGUUGCUAUCAUCGCCAUGAUUCUACAUCAGUAUGUGGCGUUGAUGUUGAAUGUAAAUCCAUUGUUUCUGGCAUGGGAAAAAACAGUGGGUAUUCACACAUCAAAAGGAUUUGCUGUGAAGGCAUUAGUGAGGAUACCAGUGAUACUGGUCAUAUGGUUCUUAGCCCUGGCUAUUCCAUUUUUUGGUCCUAUCAACUCGGUGAUGGGGGCUUUCCUCAUUUCAUUUUCUGUUUACAUUAUACCCAGCAUUGCCUUCAUGCGGGCCUACAUCAAGCGAGAUAUUGAAGAGAUGAAAAGUGAAAAUAUGCGACAAAAAGGGAAGGUGGUAUUUGGAAUAAGUGCAGCUGUGGCAACUUGGGUUUUUGUAGUUGGUUUUGGAUUUGGAGGUUGGGCAAGUAUGACAAACUUUUCAAAACAAGUUCAUACUUUUGGAUUAUUUCAAAAAUGCUAUCAAUGCCCACCAAAGUCAUAACAAUAUUGAAUACUAAACAUUGAGUAUAUGUUAAUAAAAAUGUCUAUUUUUAAUAUUA